GAUUACAAAGAAGGCGGAAAGAAUGUCAAGGCCUACUUCCUCAAGUCAGAUCACAGUCUGCAAAUGCAGGUGGAGAGGUUUUGGAAGCUUGAUGACCCCACCCAAAAGGACAGCCUAUCAAUCAACGACCAGAAGGUGAUUAAGCAGUGGGAGAAUUCAGUCUCUAAAGAUGGCUCACACUACAUCUUAGACAUACCUUUUAAGAACGAAGCUGUGGCGCUACCAAACAAUGUCAACUUAGCAGCACACAGACUGCAACUCCUGGAACGUAGACUGACAAAAAAUGCAGACUUGCAAAUGAAGUAUGUAGAGGCAAUGAAGUCAACCAUCAACAAUGGCUAUGCGGAAGCAGUCCCUGCUUCGUUUCCUGACCGCAAUGAUGGCAAGGUAUGGUACCUCCCGCAUCAUCCAGUGAUUCAUCCUCGCAAGCCAGAAAAGGUACGGGUCGUCUUUGACUGUGCAGCUAAGUACGAUGGAGUAUCGCUCAAUGAUGUUGUUCAUCAAGGACCAGACUUAACAAACAAGUUAAUAACUGUGUUAAUUCGAUUCAGACAAGGUCCUAUUGCUAUGAUGGCAGAUAUCGAAGGCAUGUUUAACCAGAUUUAUGUAACACCAGACCACAGAGACAUUCUGCGAUUCCUGUGGUGGAAAGACCAUGAUCAAAGGAAUGAGGUAGUUACCUACCGUAUGACAUCUCACCUCUUUGGCGGAGUGUGGUCUCCAAGUGCAGCAAGUUUUGCCUUAAGAAAAUGUGCAUCUGACCAUGCACAUCUGUAUGAUGCAGACACCAUCUCCACUGUUGAAAGAAACUUCUACGUGGAUGAUUGUCUGAAAUCUUCUGACUCACCUCAACAAGCCAUCCAUCUAGCAGCGCAGCUGACCAACCUACUCAAGCAAGGAGGCUUUCACUUGACCAAAUGGACAAGCAAUUCUGCAGAGGUCCUGAAGUCCAUCCCAGAGCAGGAACAUGCAAAGCGCUCACCGUCAUUGGACCUGGAUCAAGAUCCACCAAUGGAGAGAGCUCUGGGUGUGUUAUGGGACAUAAAAAAUGAUUGCCUCACAUUCAGUGUGAAUGUUAAGGGCAAACCCAGCACCAAAAGAGGCAUGUUAAGCACAAUAAGCUCGGUCUAUGACCCCCUGGGUUUAGCUGGCCCAUUCAUUUUACGAGGAAAGGCACUAUUCCAGUCACUGUGUCGCAUGAAGCUAGGCUGGGACGAAACCAUUCCAAGUAAGAUUGCUGAGCAAUGGGGCCGGUGGUUGGAUGACCUGCCAAGACUUUGCAAGCUACAAAUUCCUCGAUGCCUCAGACCAACAGUCUAUACUGUACCUUCAGUCACCAUGCAGCUCCAUCACUUCAGCGAUGCGUCUGAGUUGGGAUACGGUGCCGUCUCCUAUCUCAGGCUCGUUUGCCAUAAUAACAUAUACUGUAACAUCAUCAUGUCCAGGAACAGGCUGGCUCCAGUCAAAACAACCACUAUCCCAAGACUAGAACUGGCGGCGGCGGUGGUAGCAGUGCAGCUUGACCUGAAAAUCCACCAAAGCUUUGAGCUACCCCUACUGGACUCCGUCUUCUGGACUGAUAGCACCAUUGUGCUGCAUUACAUCAGAAAUGAAGAUAAAAGAUAUCAAACCUUUGUCGCAAAUAGAAUCUCACAGAUCCGUGAAGUUUCAGCAGCCUCGCAAUGGAAGUACGUCUGCACAGAGCACAACCCUGCGGAUGAUGUUUCUAGAGGAUUUUCAGCUGAAGAACUUGCAAGCAAUGAGCGCUGGCACAAAGGUCCUGCUUUCCUUUGGCAGAGAGAAGAGUUUUGGCCUCUCCAGCCGGAACUAGGUGGCUUACCUUCAGAAGCUGAGGUAAAGAAAUCAAGUCAGACAUAUACAAUCUCAUCUAAAGUCACCACUCAUUCAGCAGUUGAUUGUUUCUUCCACAAGUAUUCCUCCUGGUACAAACUCAAGCGAGCUAUUGCAUUGAUCUUACGGGCAAAAGACAUUCUUUUGAAGAAGAUGAAAACUAAACUAUGUGCACCUGUAACGCUUAAUGAUCUGAAGCGGGCGGAGAUUUCCAUCAUUGACUAUGUUCAACGCUCCCAGAUCACCAAGCCACUGAGGGUUAAUAACUUGAGGAAGUUAGCACCAGUACGCCUCAGUGAUGGACUACUUCGAGUUGGAGGCAGACUCACCAAUGCUCCAAUACCUGAAGCAGCAAAACACCCAGUGAUCUUGCCACAGAAGCAUCAUGUCAGUGAACUCAUCAUAUGGCACUUCCACAAACUCACAGGUCAUUCAGGUGCUGAGAGGGUCCUCUCUGAGAUUAGGCAAUCCUUCUGGAUUGUCAGAGGACGCAUCACAGUGAAACGAGUCCUAGCACGGUGCAUACCAUGCAAAAGGCACAGAGCUCCAAUCAGUACGCAGUACAUGGCCGACCUACCAGCCGAUCGUGUGACUCCAAGUCAACCACCUUUCACCAGUGUUGGAGUCGAUUACUUCGGUCCCAUUAACAUCAGAAGGGGACGCGGUGAGGUGAAGAGGUAUGGUUGCCUGUUCACUUGCCUAACAACCAGAGCCAUUCAUUUGGAGGUAGCGCACAGUUUGGACACAGAUUCCUUUAUAAAUGCUCUUCAGCGUUUCAUGGCUCGUCGGGGAACACCUCAAUUGAUGCGCUCGGACAACGGAUCAAAUUUCGUUGGUGCCCGCAGUGAACUACAGAAAGCGCUGGAUGAAUGGAAUCAACAAAAGAUUGAAGAACAUCUGCUCCAAAGAGAAACACAAUGGAAGUUCAACCCCCCAGCAGCCUCACACAUGGGAGGUGUAUGGGAGAGGCAAAUCCGAACAGUGCGUUCAAUCCUCAUGGGCCUUACAGGACAACAGACUCUGGAUGAUGAAGGAUUAAUGACACUCUUCUGCAUCAUUGAAAAAAUUGUCAAUGGACGACCACUAACAAAGCUGUCAGAGGACCCAAGAGAUGGUCAGCCUCUGACUCCUAACGAUUUGCUUCUGUUAAGACCUGAGUGUUCUCUACCCCCUGGUCACUUUGUGAAGCAGGAUCUGUACCGUCGACGCUGGCGCCAGGUCCAGUACUUGGCGGACAUUUUCUGGACUCGAUGGACAAAGGAGUAUUUGCCUAGUCUACAGCAGAGGCAGAAGUGGACCCACCAUUCCAGAAAUUAUCAAGUAGGUGAUAUUGUACUAGUUCUGCAUGAAUCAACACCUCACAGUCAGUGGCCCCUUGGAUUGGUCAUUGAUGUCAAUGUUGGAGCUGAUGGACUGGUACGUUCAGUACAAGUAAAGACACAAACAGGUAUUUAUACUCGCCCCAUCCACAAACUAUGUUUGCUGGAAGGGAAUAUGGACAAGUAA